AUGUGUAAGGCACACCCGCCACAACAGGAGUUGCCCGUCAAAGGCGGCUACAUGAACUUCGUUGCGUCGACAUACCUGGAUGUAGCCCUCAACACGUCGCUCGACACGCCCACGGACACGGAGUCGGCGUUCCUGACGCUACAGCUCCCAGAGCAACACAUCAACCACCAAACAGACGUUCCAAUUCCGGCCCAGCGAGCCAACGUGUCCAACAAAACGCAGAUCACAGCUUGGUUCAACGAAUAA